ACACUUCUGUUAUGGAUAAUGGAUAAUCUGGAUCACUUCAGUUUUGUUUGAUUUGGAACGGGGAUAUUCAGGUUAUUUUGGAACCACAUUUGCUGGCGGAUCGUUCAACAUUACUGACAGUCAACAAAAUUCUGGACGAGGCCAAGGAACGCGGCGGCGCCGACACCAUGUGUCUUCAGGGAUAUGGGCGUGGUCCAGGCUUCCGGAGGUUCCCCUUGCCAGUGUUGCCGCCGCAGAUGCAGAUCAUCCGAGCGCCCGAGGGCGGCACACUGCUGGUGUACUGCAACAACACGAACGGCGCGCAGGUUCCCCAAGCAGAGGUUCCACCGGCAUUCACGUACAACGGAAGGCUGGUUUCUCUGGCCAAUCCCACACUAGCCUGGAUAGAGUCGGAGGAACUUCACUGUUGUAACGGCACGACGAAAACCAGUCACGGUGACAUCGUUGCCCGCCCACGCUUUACCCAGAACAGUUGGCGGGCAAGCGAGUACCAGCGGGCCACCGGUGCGUUCAGCAUCGUCCUGGAGCACUUCAAUGACGGGCACAGCGGUGUGUACGAGUGCCUGCACUCCAACGGCAGCCAACUGGUGGUGACGCAGCGUUAUUACGUCAGCGCCAUCCGCACCGCCCUCAACCGCCACAACGUCUUCGAUCCACCGAUGAAGAACCUCACCGUCCGCUACGGUCGCUACGCGGAGAUGGUCUGCGCCGUCCGCUUCAAUUUCCUCCCCGGUUCCCUGAACACCCGCUUUCUAUGGCGCAACGGAGGCCACCUGCUGAUGACUGACUCCAUGCCGCAGGUGGCCGGUAAGACCUCGGCGUGGAGGGCUUCAACGGGCACUUUCAUGUCGGCUUUAAUGGAUGCCGGGCUGUACGAGUGCUGGUUCCGCAUCAACGACCGUCUGGACGAGUGGAUCAUGCAGGAAGCAUACCUGCACGUCAUUUAA